GGUUUUGGUAGAAGAUGAUUUAAAGAGACAGAAGCCGCCGGGGCCUUAGCGGACGGUCCCCGAGACCUUUCGCACCCUUGAGUCGUCGGGAUCCCGGUCCCCAGAGCCGGGAAGAUGGUUUGUGGCGGCUUUGCCUGCUCCAAGAAUGCCUUGUGUGCGCUCAACGUGGUCUACAUGCUGGUGGGGCUGCUGCUGAUUGGUGUGGCAGCGUGGGGCAAGGGUCUGGGGCUGGUGUCCAGCAUCCACAUCAUCGGGGGAGUCAUCGCGGUGGGUGUCUUCCUCCUCCUGAUUGCCGUGGUUGGUCUCAUCGGUGCUGUCUACCACCACCAGGUCCUGCUUUUCUUUUAUAUGAUCAUACUUGUUUUGGUUUUCAUCUUCCAAUUUGUAAUCUCUUGCUCCUGUCUGGCAAUUAACAGAAACACACAGAAAGAUGUCAUCAGCACCUAUUGGUUGGUCAUGACUAACAAAACACGGAAUGAACUGGAGACAAGUUUGGAUUGCUGUGGCCUCUUCAACUCCACAACCUUAUACUCCCAGGACUAUACCUUCUGCACUGCACUCUGUAAGACCCAGAGCCCAAAGUGCCAGGUUUGUGGAGACAAAUUCCUCAAGCAUUCAGAUGAAGCACUGAAAAUCCUAGGGGGUGUUGGACUCUUCUUCAGCUUUACAGAGAUCCUGGGUGUGUGGCUAGCAAUGAGAUUCCGGAAUCAGAAGGACCCUCGAGCAAACCCCAGUGCCUUCCUAUAAAGAUCUCUUGAUGCUCCUGACCCUCAUUUUCCCCACUCCCCCUCAUGGUGGGGACCCCAAGGCCUUUUCCAUGUAAGGAAGAAGGAAGAGGUCCUUCUUUGCUACACCCCCUAAGCUGAUUGGACAGUUAGGUUUCUGUCCUUGACAUGAAGUUUUGGGGACAGGCAAAGUUGGGAAGAUUCUGAGCACACCCCCAUACCCCCAGGAAGGGGCAUGCUAUUUAUCAAGUGCAUGUGAUUGAAUGGGGCAAGAAGCCCCCUGCAAACUCCAGCUCUGCCAGCCUUCUCCUAGACUGGCUUGAUCUGUCUUACCCUGCCCAGGAUUUCAAGUUUCCAAGGUUAAUCACAGCCAAGUCACAGCCAAUCACCCAGAAUAGAAGCGAUUUCCUUGGGGGGUGGGUGGGUAAGGGUCUUCCAAAGGUGACAACUUUCUCAUGUCACUGAAAGCAGAGGCUUUGUAUUUUUGGAUAGUGUAGUGAAUGUAAAAAAUAAACCUUUUUAACCCUGUA